AUGUUUUUUAUAAAUAUUCAUACUUAUGUGGUGUUUUUAUUAACAUUUAAUAUAUUUGUUAUGAAAAUAAAUGCUAAAGAAUUAAAAAACGCUGUCACCACAUCACCUACACCCACCUCAACUUUACAACGUACUACAUCGGAUGGUUAUAUUGUGGAAUCCUCAGAUUUAACUAAACGUGAUAUAAAAACUAAGGAUUUAUCUGCAGCAAAUACACUGGGAGUAGCAGCCAAAAGUUAUGAUCCACCACCAGAGUUUUAUAGAGGUCCUGGUUCAACAGGUCAUUUCAUAUCAACCGUAGAAGCUCCACAAUAUAAUAGUAAUUAUAAACCCUCAAAUGGUUUUAUAUCCCGGCCCAUAGCUUUUCCAGACACUCACAAUGCCAACAAUAACAACAACAAUCAUAACAAAUACAAUGGAGGUGGUGGCAAUGGCGGUGGAACACAAGAUAACAGCGAUGUACAUUUGGCCAACAGUUACAAUUCUUGGCAACAUCUCAAAGGGAAAGUGGGAGUACUGUUGAAUAAAAAAGGUGCUCUGCAGGAUAGAAUCAGCGUGGGACAUUAUACGACAUCAGAACAUGGCAGUGGCAGUAGCUCAAAUGGUGGCUAUGCAUAUGAAAGUCGUCCUUAUGGUGGCAAAGAACAUCAUGUAGAAUACAUACCCACUAAUCCACACUAUGGUGGUAGUGUGGCGACUACUGCUCAUACGGGUGGCUAUUAUGGUAGUAGUGCUGUAGCAGAAGGCAUACCAUUCGAUGUUUAUGGAGGUAAAAAUCACUAUUCUAGUUCAGCUGGUGGCGACUAUGCUUCGUACUCCUAUGCAGAAGGACAUGAACCAGCUGCACAUAAGUCUCAUCCAGACAUUUCGCAAAAAGCACUUUUAGCCAAAAGCUUUCUCAUACCUUUAGCCAGUGCUGCUGUUUUAGGUAUAGCCGCUGCUUUGGUCAGUAAUCCCCUGCUAUUGCAAUUGGGCACUGUGUCUGGUGUGGCUCCGGGUGCUUCUGUUUUGGGUAAACGUAAAAGAAGAGAUUUGACCACUUCCGCAACUCUUAAUGACAAGAGUACUAAUAGCUUAAAUUUAGCUUUAACUUCUAUAGAGGGGGGGAAAAAGGAUUCAUCUUUACUUCCUUAUAGAGCCCAUCAUCAACGACAACAUCAUCAUCAUCAUCCUCGUUUUGUGCGUACAUAA